CAGGCUCGGUGAUAAAAUAUUUAAGGGCAGAACAGGGAGCCGGGAGCGGGCCGAGAUGAGCCUGGAAGCCUUGUUUCAGCACAUCAUCUUCUCGGAGCACCAGGCCCAGGAGAGCCGGCGCUGGAUGCAGGAAGUCAGGUCGGAAAUAAACAGAUGUCGUGAAAAAAUGAAGAAAGCAACAGAGGAGCUGAGAGAAGAGAAAGUCAAGUUGGAAUCUAAGGUUCAGCAGUUUUCUGAAAAAUCCUUCCUCUUACAGCUUUUGAAAACUCAUGAAAAUGCCUUAGAAAGACAGUGCAGUGAAAUUACAAACCAAAGGAAUAUGCUUCUUCAGACCCUUGAGGCUACUAAGAAAAAAGUAUUGGAGGAGGAGGAAAAAUUUAUUAAGGAAAUUACAGACUUCAAUAAUGAGUAUGAAAUAACAAAGAAAAGAAAGCUUUUGAUGAAAGAAAAUGUCAAGACUGAAAUAUCUGACUUAGAAAACCAGGCCAACAUUUUGAGAAGGGAAAUGAAGUCAAUGGAACAAGGCAGUGGCCAGUUAAAUGAGGUUCAAAAACAAAAGAGUGAAUUAAUGCAAGAACUAUUUACUCUGCAGAGAAAACAUAAAGUUUUUGAGGAUAAAAAGAACGAAGCCAUUUGUACUACCAAAUACCUAGAGGCAGAAAAAAUAAAAAUCAAUGAGAAGCCUCAAAAUGAUGCUGAAUGCUUAAGACUUAAAAAGGAACUAGAACUUUAUAAGGAAGAUGACAUGCAAAGUGUUUAUGAAGCUCUCCAAACAGAAAUAGAAUUUUUGGAGCUGACAUUGGCACAGAAAGAUCUUCAGGAAAACAAAUACAUGUAGAGAAUUGAUCAGCUUUCCAAGAUUUGAUCAAAGCAUCUUAGAAUCAAAUCUUUUUGAUAGAUACAUGAAUGACACCUAUUACAAUAGAUUCUUAUGGAAAACGUGAGGUCCAGAAUGUUCAAAGUUGUUGAUGUCUAGAACUGGUUUAUUAGCACUUUAAAACAAUAAUUUUUUGUCUUAUUACUUGCUGGAACUUUAAGAGUUCUUCUGUGGUUUGAUGUCUUUUCUAAAGGAAGACGAAGGAGUUGUAGAUGCUGUGGUCUCAGGCUCCCAAUAUCCCGCUGAUCCUUACGCUGAUCUGGACUUUCU